UGGUUAUGCUCUAACCGAGAAUGGAGAAAUUCGCACCACAUCAAGAUGUCAAAAUGUCAAGAGAAUAUAAACAAAGUUCAAGUUUAUCAACAUCAUGUCAUAUUCGCAUAUUUAGCAGAGCUCCAGGAAAAAUAUAAAAUUCCAAGUGCUGUUUACCAUCUUAUUCAAGCCAGCUAUGGUUAUUUUGGAUAGAAAAGUAGAUGAUGAAGAGACACACGACGAUGAUGAUGAUGGAAGGCCGACCAGGGAUUAUGAAACAGACGAUUGUGGUUGCGGUCAAGACAGAAUAGAAUCCAAGGAAGCUGUAACACCUAAAAAAAUUUAUAAGACUUCCGAACUCAUCUCUUCAUCAGAUCGCAGCUGUACUGGAGUACCAGAAAUUGAGGAACAAUACAGUACUUGCAGAAAUUGUGAAUUGCUUACAAAUAAAACCAGAAAUAUUAAAUUAACAAGUGCUAGUACAUCAAACAAUCCACAUGAUGUUAAAAUGAUGGAAGUUAUUAGGAAAGCACAACAGAAAGACAGAGCACAAGAAAAACCGUGUGAACAUUGCGAAUAUUCAAAAGAUCUCAAAAUAAGUAAUAGAGAAAAACAUUGUUGUUUAGGAGGUGAACCGUCGACUUCCACACCGGUAAUGAAUCAUUACGAUGAACAAAAUCGAAGUAAAACUUGGAAAAUGCCAUGUAAUCAAUGCGGUAGCCAGGAAAAAUGUAAUAAAAAUGAAAAAAUACAUAACUUUGGGGACAAACCGACUCGUGACUUAAAAAUCCAAAGAAAAGCUGACGACUGUUUCAAAAUCAUUCAAAAAACUCUUGCGCAAAUGGAGGCUCGUGCGCAGGGCAACAAAUUUGGAGGUGAUGUCUGUAAUAAUGAACUCUGUAGUAAAUUAAGUAUUGUAAACAAUUGUAUCAGAAACGUAUCGCUAACUUCAGUCCCAUCGUCCAGUAAAAUAGCAGAGCCGAUUAACAAUAUGCCAGAAGAUGUGCAUCGGUUUAUUCGUAACAAAAUUAUAGAAAAAACACCAAGAAAUGACUUGUAUGCCGAAGAAGUAACAGUAGCUGUGUUGGAUUGGUCAAAUAAAAUACCAAUUUACCAAGGGCAAAAUGGAUGUAAGCUUUCAUUAAAAAAAGAAAAUAUUGAAAUGCUAAUACGUAAUAUACUGAAACUUUCUAAACAUAUCAAUGAUAGUGAUUACGAAUAUCUCGUGAUAGUUUCUAUUGAAAAAUGUCUAGAAGCAUUACCAUUAUGGUUUCCAGCUGAAAGAAGAGAUGCAGUUGAGUAUAAAAACGAAAUCAUGCGUGAUUUACUAGAGGCAGUAAAUAAAAUCAAUAAUAAAUUACUGAGGCAGAAGUUUCGAGAAUGCUGCAUACACGUUGCCACCGAGAAAGAGCUAAUGAAUAGAUUUUAUCUCAAGGCAUAUCACAAUACAAAACAAAAUAAAAGUGCAGAUCGGAAAAGAGUAUUAGCGACAACCCGUUCUAUUAAACAUAAAAAUAUAACACCAUAUUUAGAAAAAGUUAAAAAGACAAACAAAUGUAAAAGUGAAUAUGAAACAGAAAAUAUGCUAAGAGCAAAAAUAUAUAACUGGUUUGAUGAAGUUCAAAGAAUUGACAAUAAUAGGAUACGUAAUGAAGUAACAAAUAUUAUUUUAAAUCAUUUAAAACCUCUUAUGAAUCGCCACAACGUCGACUCUACAAAACGUCGGGAAUCGGUAUACAAACUUUUACAUACAAUAUUCAAGGAACUUCCUAUAACAAUUUGCUGUAAAAAAAAUAAAACAAUGGAUUUUAAAACAGUUGCCCAAGAGUUGACUGAUCGACUUGUAACCUCUCAAAGAUUCAUAAACUAUUCUACUAAAUAUGUUUACCAAACAAGUAAUGCUUCGUUGUUUGAACCUACGGAACCUAUGCCAGCUAAGAAAGAUAGAAUAUUAACAGAAGUAAAUAAAUAUUUUAAUGAGCUUGAAAUUGAAGCCGACGAUGAAAGCAUAGAAGCAAUAGUUUCAAUUUUAUACACACAACAAAAUCGACUUUUUGCUCAAGAAGUAGAUACGGAACUAAAGGAAGCAUUACAAAAUAUCGGUAUUUCCGAAGAGAUAAUUCCUGAAUACGUGAAAAAAUUUACUGAUAUCGUCAGAACUUUAGCAGAUGAGCCUAGUGCCGAUGUGACUGUAUCAGAAGAUAUCGAAGACGAAGGUACUAAUAAAAAGUAUAUAAGAUGUAAUUAUGGAAUUACGCGCAACUUAACAGAUUGUUUACAGAAAUACUUGAACAUGUAUGCCCAAAGUGAUAAAUUUACGAAAGAUGCAGUCACAAAACGUAUGGUCACUGAAUUUGAGAAGCUAGAAUAUGAUGAGUCCAGUGUCGAUGAUGAAAGAAUUACAACCAUCACUUUUCAGAGAAAACUUGAUAUUGUACGGGAAGUAUCGGAAUGGCUAAGAACUAUACCGCUAGAAACAACAUUUAAUGCACCGACCAAUUAUAACAGAGCAGUUUUAGUGACUGAAAUGGCUGAAGAUAUUUUUGAUGUUUUGGAAUCAUUUAGCACUGAUGAACUUAACGAUCUCAUAAACUUAUGGAUGCCCGAACUUCCAGUCUUGCAAACUCACACAGAACAAUUGGAUACGAUGCGAACGUCUCUAAUAUUUAGAUUGGAAAAUUUGAAACGAAGUGCAAGGACAAGGCAUGCCAUAGUUCCUGAGGUAGCAGAUGGAAAAUCGGACGUGGAAUUAUUCCAAGAUUUUGUUGAGCCUUAUGUUGUCGUAAAACAAGCUCUGGGGGAUGACGUAGCAACUCAGGCAGCAAUGAUCCAUCAACUAGCACAUGCACUCAAAGACGUAAGAGACUUUCAGCUGGCGAGAAGACUUAUGAAAGUCUCUGAAAGGAACCAGUCAGUGAGAAGGUUUUCAAUGGAAUUAGAAUUUAUUAAACAUAUAAGCGAGUGGCUAAAACAUAUUCCUACAAAAGAAAUUGUCAACGAAGCUGAAAGAAAGGAGAGAAUGACUCUGAUAAGUAAUCUGGCAGAAUAUCUUGGGAAAGCCAAAGACAGCAACUUGGAUCACCCAAUUCCAGAAGCUGAAAUUACAAAACAUGUUUCAAUAUUUCUUGACAAAGUUCUGGUCCCUACGGUUGGCAAAGACAAUUACGUCUCAUACAUAUCAGACCUAAAAGGCCACUUAACUCGUAAUUGGCAUGAAAAUCCAGCGACUGAACCUCAAGGAUUUCCUUCACAGAGUGGAGUUCCUCAACAGGACAGAAGUGCAGAAUUAAGGAAGCAUUACAUUGGUAAUGAUACUGAUUAUGGAACCUUCUCAGAAAAUGUCCCCAAAUCGUCGUCACAAGAAGAAAUGGCACUGCCUCUUCCGGAGGAAGUACAAUUACAUGGCAGUUCAUCAAAAUCCCAAAGUCUCGGAAGUCAAAACUCAGGAAGAAACCAAACGCUUGUUGGCCAACCGUCAGGUCAGGACCCAUCAGCUCCCCGUGACGAAAACAAUGCAUCUAACGCACAACGGUAUCGCCCCCCUUCAUUCCCGAGAGAUAUUCAGCAGCCAGAACAUAAUUUAUCUUCCCAAAAUUAUCGACCGUAUCAAUCUGUGCCCAUUGCAACCCCAAAAGGUAUUCAUCAGCAAGAACACCAUAAUUAUUCUGAACGGCCAAUGCCGACUGGCUAUCCUUCAUAUAGGCCGCCUUCUGUUCGAAUGUCACCUAAUCAGUUUAAUGCUCCAAAUGAUUCUAUAGUACCAAGUGCAGAUUUUGACCCAUAUACACAAAAUGAUAGGCAGCGUACCAAUGUAUCUGAAGGCUCAGCAAGGCCGAGGACAGAUUAUGGACAGACCCCUCCUUGCACAUCCCCGUGUGCAGAUUUAUAUUCAGCUUCAAAUGCACCUAGAAGAAAUGACUCACAUAUUUCACAUGGUCCUCGGAGUAUAGCAGGUAGCUCUAUUGGACCCCAUACAACGUCCUUAUUUGAGGAUCAACAAAAAAAUUGCAUCGACCUUUUAUACGAUGUCAUCGAAGAAUGGUGUCAAGGCCUCCCUCUCGAAGAAGCGACAAGGCAAGAUGAGAUUAGAAACUCGGAUUUGAAAGCGCAAAUGGAGCUCAGACUCGUUUUACAAAUCAGUGAGAUCAACAGAGAUGACAACAUCUUUAACAAUCCAAACACGUACGAUGAAAGGUUAGAUUACAUUAUCACUGAGUUGCUAAAUGCUGUACCUCCAAAUCCAAGGUUAGAAACUCUGAAACCAGCAUUGAAAGAUGAUUUGAAACAGUCAAUACUUACACUCAGACCUGAAAUUCAAAAAGGUCGUGACCGAUAUCGUUUUAAGGAGCAACUUCGUAUGACUGUAGAGAGGGCAACGCAAAGAACUUUUGAACUAUCUUCUGAAAUGAGAGCACAAAUGGAUGUGAUAUGUGAAGAAAUCAUCGAUGAUUUCAUAGAAUACACUUACGCUAAUAACAAGGCGAGGCUGAAAAGUAAAGCCAUGCAGACGAUAGAGAAAGCAUUAUCUCAUACAAACUCUCCGCAUGAGCAUGCCAAGCGACUAUUUGCAGCAUUGUCACAAAUAAACGCACCAAUUUACGAAUCCAUCUAUUGCGAAAUUGGCGAGAUAAGGAUGAAAAGGGAAAUAGCUAUAUGGUUGAAGCGAAUUCCCCAGAUAGACUCAAAUCAUGUUCAGACGACCAUUAGACAGAAGAUAAAGAGUGCGCUUGCAAAAAAACUGUACGGAUUAGAAUCGACUCAAACAACCGAAAACAACAUGAGACCAGCAAUCUUUAAGGCUUUGAAGAAAAUGGGCGUAGAGCAAGACAACGACCAAUUGGUCGAAGAGCUGUUAGUGAGACUGCGGAACUCUAAAACACAAAGAUAUCAGCAAGACCCAAUCAUUGUUGACGAAGUACCCAGCUAUGCGAGCUCGUUCGAUAGGAAUCUACCACAAUCAGACCCUCCGAUAAUAGAACCAAGAGUACAGAGUCCUCAAAACCAACACCAAAGAGCUGCUUCAGCAUUGGGUCUGGAGCUGCUGCAAAAUACCCUAAACCCUGGAAUUCCACUAGCUACAAUACCACAGUCAUCGGUCAUCGGGUCUACAUAG